AUGCGGACGCCUUCUCCCCCCACUCCCCAGCUCACCUCUCCCCCGCCCACCACCAAGCUGCCCGACCAGGCGUCUGCGCUGGCCGACUUGGGCGCGGGCUUGUACCCCCAGGACCAGGUCAACAGUGCCUCGGUCCAGGAACUGAGGGCCAUGGUAAACAGCCUGUCCAACGCACUGCGCGAUAUGCGACUCUCGGCAGCCCACUACAAGCUGCAGCACAACAUGGCCGUCAUGGAGAGCCAGGAAGCUGCGAGCCGCAUGGCUGUCGAGCUGGCCAUGGCCCAACGCGAGCUCGAUGUGCUCCAGCAAGCCGAGGAGAAGCGUCGUGCGACAAUGGCCGCGCCCGAACAGACGUACCAGGACUCGGCCAAUGCCGUCAUGGUGUCUGAACUGACACGCCAGAACCAAGUCCUCCAAAGCGAGAACGACGAGCUGCGAGAGAUGCUUGAGCAGCAGAAGCGCCUGACUGAGCACCGCGAGGGCGAGCUGGCCAGUCUGAUUGAGGAGAACGACAGGCUCAAGACAAGAAUCCGCAACAACCGUGACCACAUUGCCCCUCUAUUGGAGCAGAUUGAGCAAUCUUCUCCCCGAUCUACCUUUGGCACCCCGGCCCAGCCUACCCCAAGAAACCGUCUCAAUCGCGUCCCGCCUCCCCCGCUCUCUCAGCAGAACAGGAGCCAGAGCAACUUUGAGGCUCUGUUGUUGGCCGACAAGAUGCUCAGCCAAGACGCGUCUACAGCUCCUUCCACUCCCAACAGAGUGCAGGCGCCAAGGGCACGCUUCAGUCACCAGCGAGGUGCACAAUCCAUGUCAUCACUGCCCCAGACACCCAACCAGAGAGCUGCCUUCCCCCGCGCCGAGGUGCCUCGCACACCGCCCCUCUUCGCGCCAACCAACAUUCCCCAGUCGGCACCCCCAGUCCACUACCAGCAGAAGCCCGAAAGCAUUCGGCGCCAAAGCAGCAACUCGACCAUUACUGCGUCGAGCAUUGAUGAAGAGGAGGCUUUUACAGAUCGAGAAGACGACCAGGUGCCAGAAUCCCAAGCCAGCCAAAUGGCACGAAGCCUGCUGCAACAACCGCCCCCAGCAAAGGGCAUCAUGUCUGCACCGGCCUCGCAGCCUUCGAAUCUUGUGCAGAGCAAAAUCUUCGGCCAGGUCAAAAAGGGCCAUGGCCUGACUCGUGCAAACGAGCUCAAGAGGGGCCGCAUGCCAUCAACAGCGGACUUGCGAAAUCAGACCAGUCCGCCAAAGCGCGGACGCGUCGAUCAAGGUGUAGGUCUUGGCAUUGGUGGUUUGUUGCGCGAGUGA